ACUGGCCGCCGAGGAGCUGCUGCGAGAGAUCCAGCAGCCAUUAAUGGAAAACUCCCCAACAAUGGCUUCAAAGCCAACAAAAACACCGACCCAAAAAGCCAUCAGAAAGACCUUCAAAGGCACAGCCCACUUAGCCAACCUCCUCCCCACAGGCACCGUCCUCGGCUUCCAAAUUUUGUCCCCAAUUUUCACGCACCAAGGCCACUGCCUCACCAGUGUCAGCCAAACUGCCACCCUCGCCCUCGUCUUGCUCUGCGCCUUGUCCUGUUUUUUCCUCAUCUUCACCGACAGUUUCAGGGACAAACGUGGCAAAGUCCGAUAUGGGGUCGCCACAUUUCAUGGCUUGUGGGUUAUUGAUGGCUCAAUCACCCUUCCCAAAGAAGAGGCUGCUCAAUACAGGCUUCGCUUCAUUGACUUCUUUCAUGCCAUCGCUUCUCUCUUGGUGUUCAUAGCUGUUGCUCUGUUCGAUCAAAAUGUUGUCAACUGUUUGUAUCCAACACCGUCCGAUGAAACAAGGGAGCUCUUGGUUGUGUUGCCUGUCGCCGUUGGUGUCUUCUGCAGCUUGUUGUUUAUUGUUUUCCCCACCAAACGACAUGGCGUUGGCUUUCCCCUCUCCCGUGAAUAGCAACCCAAUUGCCCUUUACAAUCUGUAUUCUACCCUCACCAUUGUUACAAUUGUUCUUAUUUAAUUCAAUACUCGAUUGCC